AUGAGCAAGGUAUCGCAGCAGAACGGCGCCGCGGGCGUGAAUGGAAUAAGCGUCAUCCACACUCAGGCUCACGCCAGCGGCUUACAGCAGGUUCCCCAACUGGCGCCCGCCGGCCCUGGGGGCGGAGGCAAAGCCGUGCCUCCCAGCAAGCAGAGCAAAAAGAGCUCGCCCAUGGAUCGCAGCAGCGACGAGUACCGUCAGCGCCGGGAGAGGAACAACAUGGCUGUGAAAAAGAGCCGGUUGAAAAGCAAGCAGAAAGCGCAGGAUACACUGCAGAGAGUCAAUCAGCUCAAGGAAGAGAAUGAACGGUUGGAAGCAAAAAUUAAAUUGCUGACUAAGGAAUUAAGUGUACUGAAAGACUUGUUCCUUGAGCACGCACACAACCUCGCAGAUAACGUGCAGCCCAGUAGCACUGAAAAUUCAACCAGUCCUGCUAAGGCCGGGCAGUAG